AUGAUAAAACAUAUUAACUAUUAGAACAAAUUAGAAGAAUUUUUAACCUCUUCACACUAAUCUCAUUAGGCUGUCAGUAUAGAUCUGAAUGGAAGGAAAACUAGUGAUAAAGAUGUAUCAGGCUUAGUUUCUGCUUUAUAAUAUUGUACUAAUCUCUCAAAUUUGGCACUUAAUUUUGGUUACAAUGAAAUUGAUGCAAUUGGUCUAUCAGGUUUAGGUUUUGCUUUAACAAAAUGCACUAAUCUCUCAAAUUUGACAAUCGGAUUUGUUUGCAAUCAACUUUUUUGUGUAGAAGGUGCAUCAGCCUUAGGUUCUGCUUUAGCAAAUUGCACUAAUCUCUCAAAUUUGACACUUAACCUUUGUAAUAAUUAUAUUGGUGAUAAAAGUGCAUCAGGCUUAGGUUAUGGUUUAGCAAAUUGCAUUAAUCUCUCAAAUUUGACACUUUAACUUCAGGAUAAUAAAAUUCGUCAAGAAGGUGCAUUAGCCUUAGGUUCUUGUUUAGCAUAUUGCACUAAUCUCUCAAAUUUGACAAUUAAUCUUAAUAACAAUCAAAUUGGUGAUAAAGGUACAUAAGGCUUAGUUUCUGGAUUAAGAAAUUGCACUAAUCUCUCAAAUUUAACACUUUAUCUUAAUGAAAAUGAAAUUAGGACAUUUGGUCUAUUAGGCUUAGAGUCUGGUUUAAUAAAUUGCACUAAUCUCUCAAAUUUGAUAAUUAGUCUUAAAUAUAAUAAAAUAAGUGAAUAAAACCGAUUAGACAAUGGUUUUGCUUUAGCAUAUUGCACUAAUCUCUCAUAUUUGACACUUGAUUUUGACGAAAACGAAAUUAAUGCAAUAUCUGCAUCUAACUUAGGCUCUGCUUUAGCAAAAUGCACUAAUCUCUCAAAUUUGACACUUAAUCUUCGUGGCAAUUCUUUAACUGAAGAAGGUUCACCAGGCUUAGUUUCUGCUUUAGCAAAUUGCACUAAUCUCUCAAAUUUGACACUUUAUCUUGGGUAAAAGCAGCUUAAUUGUUUUGGAUUUUGCACUUCAGUUCGUGAAGGUGCAUCAGACUUAGGUUCUGCUUUAGCAAAUUGCAAGAAUCUUACAAAUCUGAAUCUUAAUCUUUAUCACAAUUUUAUUGUUGCAAAAGGUGCAUCAGACCUAGGUUCUGCUUUAGUAAAUUGCACUAAUCUCUAAAAUUUGACACUUAAUCUUAGCUAAAAUUAAAUUGAUGCAAUUGGUGCAUCCAGAUUAGGUUUUGCUUUAAAAAAUUGCACUAAUCUCUCAAAUUUGACUCUUGAUCUUGGAUGCAAUUCAAUUGGUGAAUAUGGUGCAUCAAGUUUAAGUUCUGGUUUAGGAAUGAACACAAAUCUCUCUAAUUUGACACUAAAUAUUGCUUGCUGUGAAAUUGGUACAAAUGGUGUAUUCAGAUUAGGUUCUGGUUUAGCAAAUUGCACCAAUCUCUCAAAUUUGACACUUAAACUUAUUGGAAAUUAAAUUGAUGGAUAAGGUGCAUCAGGCUUAUGUUCUGCUUUAGCAUAAUGCACUAAUCUCUCAGAUUUGUCACUUGAUUUUGGUAACAAUUAAAUUCAUGAAUAAGGUGCAUUAGGUAUAGGUCUUGCUUUAGCAUAAUACACUAAUCUCUAAAAUUUGACACUUAAUCUUGGUUGCAAUUAUAUUAACCCAAUUGGUGCAUCUAGCUUAGGUUCUGCUUUAGCAAAUUGCACUAAGCUCUCAAAUUUGACACUUUGUCUUCGUUACUAAGAAUCGUAUAAUGAAUCAAAAUUACAAUUCAAAGCAGAAAACAAAUGCCUUAAAUCAAAAAGAUUAGUUGCCUUUAAAAUAUUUUUGUGA